AUGAAGUUCGGCGAGCAGCUGCGCUCCAGCGUCAUCAAGGAGUACGAGUGGUCGUACAUCGACUACGAGGGCCUCAAAGCCCUGCUGAAAGUCGAGGGCCCGAAAGGAGAGAAGAAAUGGACCGAGGAGAAGGAGACAAAGUUCAUCGACGCACUCGAUGUGCAGUUGGAUCGUGUGUAUACGAGGCAGAAGAGCAAGGCGGGCGAGAUUGACAGACGCAUUGAGUCGAGUCGGAGGGAGGUCGAUGAUGUUGUUGCUAGGCUCGACAGCAGAGGCCCCGUGGGCAGAGAUGGCCAACGAGAGGAUGACGAUGCCCCGACUGAGGAGGAGUUCAUGAUGCUCGAGCAGGAUCUGGGGGAUAUUAUUGCGGACGUUCAUGAUCUGGCCAAGUUCGUGCAGGUCAACUAUACCGGGUUUCAGAAGAUUAUCAAGAAGCAUGACAAAAAAACUGGUUGGAUUCUCAAGCCAGCCUUUGCCACGAGACUGAAGAAGAGCCCUUUCUUCAAAGACAACUACGAUGCGGAUAUUGUCAAGCUGUCGAGGCUGUUUGAUAUCGUGCGAACGAGGGGUAAUCCAGUCAAGGGCGACAGCUCUGCUGGUGGCAGUCAGGGCAAUUUCAUUCGACAGACCACCAAGUACUGGGUGCACCCGGACAAUAUCACUGAAUUGAAGCUUCUCAUCCUUCAGCAUCUGCCUGUCCUCGUCUUCAACCCUAACAAAGAAUUCGAAGCUAAAGACUCUGCUAUUACAUCUAUAUACUAUGAUAAUCCUAAGACCUGGGAACUGUACGAGGGUCGUCUCAAGAAGUCGGAAGGUGCUGAGGCAAUUCGAAUGCGAUGGUACGGAGAUGUCGAUACCGAGACAAUCUUCGUUGAGAGAAAGACACAUCGAGAGGAUUGGACUGGAGAGAAAUCCGUCAAGGCGCGAUUUAACUUGAAGGAAAAGAACAUGAACGCAUAUCUCAGCGGGAAAAUGCUGCCCGAAGCCAUUUUCGAAAAGGCACGGAAAGAGGGCAAGAAACCUGCGAGGCAGAUUGACGAAGACGAGAGACUAGCAAAAGAGAUCCAGUACUCGGUGUUGAAGCAUGGAUAUGUUCCUGUCUGCCGAUCAUUCUACAACCGUACGGCUUUUCAGCUACCUGCCGACGCACGAGUCCGUAUUUCCCUGGAUACUGAGCUUACCAUGGUUCGAGAGGAUAACUUGGACGGACGAAAGAGAGCCGGCGACAAUUGGCGACGAACAGAUAUCGGUAUCGACUUUCCAUUCUCCCAGCUUCCACCCGAAGAUGUUGAACGCUUCCCGUAUGCUAUUUUGGAGGUCAAGCUGCAAACACAAGCAGGCCAAGAGCCUCCGGAAUGGGUUCGAGAACUCAUUGCAAGUCAUCUCGUCGAAGCUGUGCCUAAAUUCUCCAAGUUCAUUCACGGCACAGCUACCCUUUUCCCGGAUCGCAUCAAUUUACUUCCUUUCUGGAUGCCACAGAUGGGCACUGAUAUCCGCAAGCCUCGCACGCUUAAUUUCGGCAUUCAAAGACCUGGUGGACCGUCGACACAGACGUCUUCAAGUGACGAUGAAGACGACGAUGAUGAUUCAGAUGACGAAGAACGAGAGGAAACCGUUUCUCCAACUACAACUGCCGCCGAGUCCACCGGUAGCCAAUCUCGAGAGCACGAGAAUCGAGCUCCGGGAAAUAGCCUCGAUAUCGAGGAGCAGAUUGCAGCCAUGCCACUGGCAGAGGAAGAAGAGCAAUACUACGAUUCCGAUGACGACGACAAUGAUUCCGAUGCUCUCGAAGAAGCUAGGCAGAUUGGCGGAUGGCCCUAUUACUCUAAGCUCAUCAAGAGAAAUACCAAAUUGGCAGGCUGCUAUCUCGCCAACGGUUUCCACUCACUCAUGCGACCAAGCCCUGUUCCUGGAAGCAGUUUAGAUCCUCUUAAUUCAACCAGAAUCACCAGCAAACGCUUCCAAGCUCCAAAAGGAAAGAAGAUCCAUGUACCAGUCAGAGUAGAGCCAAAAGUCUACUUCGCAGCCGAGCGAACCUUUUUGUCCUGGCUCGAAAACUCAAUCUACAUCGGCUCCAUGGCGGCCCUCGUAAUAAACUUCGGCGCGAAACCCACCCGCGCCUCCUUCCUCGCCGCAGGCGCUUUCACGAUCGUUGCCGUCCUUGCUCUCGUCUACAGUCUCAGCAUUUAUAUCUACAGAAGCUGGAGUAUUAGGAAUCGGAAGGCGGCGAGGUAUCAUGAUAAGUACGGUCCGACGUUCUUGAUGGUUAUUCUGGUAUUGGCGCUUGCGAUGAACUUUUGGUAUGAGGCGGGGAGACGAGGAUAUCUUGGGAGUGAGGUCCCGAUGUGGUUAGUUUAG